AGAGAGAGUGGGAGAGAAAGGGAGGGGAGGCAGACAAAAAACAAAAGAUGGAUUGAUAAAUGUCCUUGAGCAUGUGGUCUGUGAGAGCGAGAGCGAGAGACAGAGAGAGCAAGAUACAGAGAUAGUUGGUACAGUAGGCUAACAUAAAGGUGGCCUUCUCCUGUCUCACAGGAGCGCAAGGGGAGCAGCAUUAAAGUCAGUCAUUUGGUGACAUGAUUUCCAGAUUCCAGGGGGAUGAAGCAUUCCACAUAUAGCUGCUUCCAUCAGAGGAUCAGGUGAGAACGAGAGAUGACAGACAGAAAGAUAAAUAGACGGGGAGAUGGGCAUGACAGUAGAAAAUUAAGAUGAGGAAGGAGGAAGAAGAUAUUAAAGGGCAUGUUACAAAGAAAAUUUCAGUGUGCCAAAAGAGCAGAAUAAACCCACUGUAGGAAGUGUAUUGUUAAACAAUGCCACUUUGUUCCAGUGAAAGGCAGUGACUUUUAGUUCAAUCCAUCUAAUCUUACAUUAACAAUUGCCCUACAUAUGUGUUCACUAUGUUUCCUGGCUGGUCACUAAUUAAAAGAACUCUGUAUCAGGUGAAAAGCGGUCAAGGUCUGGCAUGCUUAAGCAAACAAGCCUCACAGCCUGAUGGUGAAAGUUCAUUGGGUUAAAGUUGCGCAACAGAUUGUGUGUUUAUAUCCCCAGAAACAGGGUAUGAGCUUUUAUUCUGUGUUGUACUUCAAACUAAUAGCCAAUAGCCCUGUAAAAGCCUGCCCGGCCUGCUCCAUUUCUCUGUCCCUUAUCCCAUGUCCCCUUGUCACCCCAUGGAAUGCAGCAAGAACAUGGGACUAAUCAUUAACCUCUGUGCCUCUUCCUGUCAUCCCAGGCUUGCUGGCUGGCUGGAACGCACCCAGGCCAAAACACUGCUCCUGCCAGGGAAUCUCUUAGAGUACGUGACUAAGUAGUGCACAGGAUACACACAGAAAGGAACAACACACAAAUACACACUCAAUCACGCAAACAAUGGUUGAUAAAUCAACAAUUAUUGACUGACAAAGUGAAGGACAUGAAUACCUGACCUACUAAAGGUAACUGUGCACUUUAAGAUUUGUUUCAGUUUUAGCCAUUUUUUCUGUGUGUUUGCAGUCAAAACCAUACAGUCCACUUAAAAAACAUUCAUAUCACUCAUCCAGCCUCACUGAACUGAUAAACAAGGAUAACAAGGGAAAUAAUCUAUAGGUUUGAGGCUGUCAGCCUAGAAUACACAUGAAGAAGCAACUCUUAACAGCUGUGUGAAGAUAGCUGAGACAUAGCCUGUCUGGAUAAAGAAUGUUAUACUGUAGUCAAAAGUGUGUUUGUGACCUGUGUAGUCAAAGUCAUGCUGCCCUAACAGAAUGACAAAACACAUAUAAAAGCCGGCCCACUUCCAUAUAUUUUAAGAGGGGCCUUAGUAAGAAAGUGAGGGAGGGAAACACGUUGCCGGCAGAUAGCAGAGGCUGUGACGCCAACAAAGAGAGAGAGAGAAACACCUCUCAUCUGACCCCAAUCUCUCACUCAUCUCAUUCAGUCGCCACGUCUACAGGCGUCUCCUCACACACACCUACAUAAGGUCACGCACUGAUGUACCUCAUGUAACACACACAUCUACAGGUCACAUACAGAUGCUACUUGUUUUUUCAGACAAAGGAAAUUAUGACAAUGGAUCUAUUCAUGAUCUAUUUUGAAGUUCUUUAUAACAAAUGGCAGUUGAAUCUUGUCAAACAAUUGUAUUAUGAGUGUAUUAGGUACAACAUGUAAUGCAAUGCAUUGAGAUAACCCUGCUAUUAAUUCUGUAGUCAAAUAUUAUAUUGUAAGAAUCUUACAAUGUUGAAUUUUUUGGACACAGUGUUACCACCACAAUUAGUAGUGGUGUUAUAUUGGCCUACAGUAUACUAGUGAAAGGUAUUCUCAAUGUUAGGUAUAGUACAUUACAUAUCUUUAGGAACAGUAAUAUUACAGAAAACUGCUUGCUUGAAGUAAUUCUGAUUAGUUUAUUUUAGCUAAGAUUGUUGACGUAUUAAGAUAAAUACUUUGGGAAAGUAAUUUUUUCAAGUUCAUUUAAAAAUGUAUAUCCUGUAUGAGGAUUUCCUGGUUCCCUUCUGCCACCUGCAUAAAAUACACACACAUCUCUUAAUCUCCUAAUCAUAAUCCAUUUAUCUGUGUGUAUCAUACCUUGGUGGAGACCUGCAGUGAUAUGGUCUGGUUCAUCUCUGGUUCAAAUUGAGUGGGUGUGGAUUUUUUACAUUUGGUUAUAAUGCACUGCACUCCAUUUUAACUGAAAAUCCAUACAAUUAGCAGUCAACAGUCGCCGCUUGCUGGCUUGACAAGACUCCUGCUGUGCAUGUACUGUAUGUGCAUCUGUGUGAUUAUGUGCGUGUGUGUGUGUGUGUUUAUAUUAUGUGCAUAUAUCAGAAGCGGGGAAUAGAAUCAUUGUGCUGCAGAUUAGUAUGUGAGUAUGAUGAAUAGAAAUGACAAAUAUGUAUGAAAAUUGUAUAAUCACUGGUAGUUCUCAUUAUACAAUAAGUAAAGCAGCUUUUUUCAGUGUCAUUUAUGCCCAAAAGUGGACAAUGCAACAAAUAAUGAAGGGUUUUGUAAGCCAUUUUUACAGACUCUGAUAUGCCACAUUUUCUUCUGAAAUGUGUUUUUAAAUCAUAUUUUGGGUGGUUCUUCAUAUGUUCAAAUGUUGCAACAUAAAGUACAGCAUUUGACAUUUAUUCUGUCAUAAAUAAACUGCUUUGGAUGUAAUCAGGUCAAUUUUGUGGCAAGUAGAGACCUUUUUUGCUUUCCAUACCAUCCAUUAACAGGAUCUAUCUGUGCCCUCAUCAGAUCCCACAAUAUGGCCAGUCCUCUCUCAAUAAUCAAUAUUUUGCUGCAUUGACAGAGAGGUAAUGGACAGAUUCUCCAUUAAGGACCAAACACUCUGCGGUUACAGUAGCAACAUGGACUUCUAAAGGGAUCAUUUUCAAUGCAUAUGGAGGUCUAAUGGGAACCAUGAAGUGCUGAGCCAGAUAACAGCAUAUUUGAUGACCUCAGGCCUGCCAAUGCUGAUGGCUUGUGUUGUUUUCCUAUUUUUGCAUGAAGUCCAUGGACAGACUCGACACUAAUGGCCAUGAACCAAAGAUCACUCCACUGUGGCAAAGCUGUUUGCAAAGCUUCUCAAUAAAAUAAAUCCACCGAAUUUACCUCAACCUGAGUUGUGUCACAAAUUUGCAGUGCUGUACAAUAAAUAAAAAAUAUAGCAAUAGUGCUAGAAACCACAAGCUAUUCAGUAUCUGCACAAUCCUAAACAAAUUUCAAGCUCCUGUGUCACAUUCAACCUCUAUGCUUUACAACUACAUUAAAACUGUUUUCACAACAAGACACAAAAACACUCCAGAGACCCUCACAUCAUCUGUCAGGCAGCUGUGAGCAAACCUCUGCACCUGGCCCAAGACAUGCUCAAAAGAGAGCCAGGCCAGGAAAGCCUGCAAGGGAACCCAAAAGGAGGCGGAGGAGUGGGUCGGCCCACACAGCCAGGCCAAAAUGUGCUGCUCGCUGGGUCUGACACUCAAAGCAGGAAUGCUUUCAAAUAGUCAAAAGGGAUAGAAAGAAGGGGGGGGGGAGGAAUGAGAGCAGAGGGGAUAUGUGCCUCACUCUGAGAAACUCUUCUGGUUCUAAUUUACACAUCUAUGACUACAGCCCAGAAUGAGCUCACUGUGAGAGGACAACAACCAAAAGCAAAAAAUAAAAAAAAACCUAUGGAGAAAGUGAUUAAAGGCAGAGUCCAAAAGGAGAGGGCAGAUGGUAGUUAUUCAUCAACAUGCUUUAAGGUCAUCCUGCUAAACAUCUGCUGAUCAAUACAGCGUCAUACUAAAAACUAGGCUAAAAUUCAUGGCCAGGAGGCUAGAAUUGACAAAUGGGGGUGAGGGCAGUAAUGCUGGGGUGAGAGAAAACUGGAGAGAUGGAGCCAAGAGAGAUGCGGCAAGGGUCUCUCUACAGAGAACAGCAGACGGAGGCGAUUAGUGGCGGUUCUGGAAUGUGAGGGUCAGAGAUCUGAGCUCUGCUGGGACCCACUCUGUAAACACGACCCCACCUCAACCAGCAGAAUACUCCCAACACACAUACAGACUCAAUACACUCACAUACACAUAAAAACCACACUGGGAUGCAAACAAACCAAACCCACAGCCACAUAGACUAACAGACAACCAAACAAACCCACCAGCACCUGGAAGAAAAACUAACCAACCAAAUAAACCACGCUAGAACCAAAGAAUCUUAAAGACGUGCAUUGAGGCAAACAGCCUAUUCACUAUCGCAGACCUAAAUGAACUCCUGUGGAUGCUGCUGCUGUCGGACAAACAGCCUAGGCAUCAUCAUUGAUUAGCAUGACACUCAGCAAAACCACAAUAAUGAGCAUCUGCUUCAUCACACCCAAUAAUGUUUGACUGUACAGGCCUCAUUCUACAUUUUCCCUUUAAUAGAACUGGAGGAUAAACAAUUAGUGACCUGUCAACACAGGCCCAUCUGGCCUGCAGUUUAGGACUGGGCUCAGCCUGGGCUGUAGCCCAGUUUCCUAUAGCACCCAUCAGGGAUGGUCCACCCUUGCUGGGCCCCUAACCAGCUUGCAUGUGCCAGUGUUUCCCAACUAAAUUUUAAGCUGCUUGUUAACCUUCAAGUCAAACUUGCAAAAAAAUAAUAAGAUGAAGUAAAAUCUGGUAAAUUGAAUCUUUGCAAUCAUGAUAAUCCCUGGUAAGGACAUUACAAGAAGCAGUGUCACGGCCUGCCUAACAUGUUCCUAAACAGCUGUCUGCAGUUGGGCUGGGUGGGCUUGUACAAUUAUUUGUGCAGUAAUGACUUUAACCGCACAAGCUAGCCUUGAUCUGUUCUUUCAUCUAAUCACUAUUCAGUUUGAGUCAGGUACUUUAAGGGUAAAGCCAAGUCUGUCAUGUUUCACCUGAUAUAAAAACGUUUUUGUUUGAAAAGGAAGUCUGGGAAUAGACUGUAUGCACCAUCACACAGGCUCAAGCACACAAAAGAACACAGAGAGACACACAGGCUGUUGUACUGUAGGGCAGAUAACACUUAAACAGCACCAAGGCUGUGAUUAUGAUUGGCAAACAUAAACUGCCACAAACCCAAUUAAAGUACUGUGCGUGUGUGAGUGUGUGUGAGUCACUUUCUGUUCAUCCUCGGUGGCCCAAUCCAGGUCCCCCUGCACUGACACCCAUUUCUUGUUCCAUAAUUGUCUGGAUUGUUCUGAGUGACUGAUCUGUUUUGUCUGCCCUGAUGGCAACACAAAGAGACUAAUCGGUGAAGAACAAAGAUGGACUGAGGAGCCACAACAGUCCUGGAUCUUUGUUAACCAUCUGCUAUCAUCAGCAUCUGCUGAUGCUGGAUUCCAUACAACCUCUUUAGGUAGACACCCACUGCUUCAUCUAUCAUGGCACAUUACCCCCCCAAACUUGUAAUUGUAAGCAAUGUCAGGCCUUUUUUUUCUUACCUUCCACCAGUGCACCAGGAGAGCGCUUGCCAUACUGUUACUGUUACCGCUGGCCAGUGGAGACAUGCUUCCCACAGCUGCUUCUGUUCUCUGCACACUUCACUGCCCUGCUUCCUGGGGCCUGGCUCUGGAGUUCAGGGCAUGAGAGGUGAGGUCUGAAGUGAGUUGUCUGUCUGCCUGUCUGAUUCAGCAAGAACUUAAAGGACCCGCCACUUCGGUAUGUACCUUGAAAACUUUAAAGGAGCUCUCUGGUGGUUUUUGUGGUGUAAAGGUAAGGGUGUGCACAUUGAGGUGAGGGCUGGCAAUAUGCAAUGUGAGAAUAAUGCAGGGUUGUGGUUGAGACUGCAGGGGAGGUAUUUGGCAUGGAUCAGCCUGAUUGUGGUAAUACUGUAUGUGAGGAAAGAGUUGAGGGCUGCAGGGUUGUUUUGUCAGUGUGUUUUGGUUUGCAGGGGAACAUGCAGUUGGAACUACUUCAGAGUGGAGCUUGAGAGGAUGAAGGGAGGGAAGGCUCCAGCAGGUGAGAUGUGACACAAUGAUAAAAUGGUCCCGAUGAUGGGUACCCAUGCCAUGGCGCCAAGGGGGGUCUAAGUCUCCUUGUGGGGAGACAGACAGAAGAGGAUGAGUCAUUAGUUCUGACAGACGCAAAGGCAAGGCUUCAGGCUGUAUUCGGAUUCAGGUAGAUACUUUGAUGGGAAGCCUCUCCAAACCCAUUCUAGCUAAUGAGCACUGAGGAUUAGAGUACUACACACAUCUUUAUUCACUCAUUAUGACUAAUACCUAUGGACCACCCAGGGCACUUAUGGAACUGUCAUUGAGGAGAAUCCUCAUUAAAAGUACAUUUGAAGCUAUUUCCUGCCUGAACCAUUCCUAUCCUUCUCAGUACUACUUCCGCACUAGGACAUGAACAGACAGCUGUGGAUAAGAUCCCUCAGGCGCCCCUGGGUCUGACCUCUGACCCCUACUGUAGAUCCUCAACCCCUUCUCUCUUUCCACGCCUCACUCUACUCUCCCACCCCAGGGCUGUUCACUCAUUCAAGCACUCACUUGCCCCUCAGCCUUCAGGCAGCUGAGACAUUUCUAAUGCCUGGUGUGUUAAUGGGGGAAGGAAGACGUAUUGACAGAAAAGUACAUGUGCCCGUGUAGUCUGUCUGAGGAAGGGUGCAGCUAAUGGAUUCCUGAACCUCUGCAGUGCUGUCAAAUGGGAAGGAGAUGCAUUAAUAAACUUACGAGGGAGAGUAAGCAAAAUCACUUCUUCCACUAGCUAAUGAUUUGACUGAGCCAUUUUUAAUGGCUUUCCAUCUGUCAACCGCAGAGUGACGCCAGUGUGUUCCAUAACUUCAGAGAGUGUUUGAUCAGGGCCUAAAACAUGGAGAAAAACACAACCGGCAAAUUUGUCAACAAACAGCACGCACAUGGCAGCUGUAGUAGGGUGUCCGCGUUAGCAGCCACGAUGACGCAUACACAAAAACACCCACACCCACCCUUUUACUCAUAAACACACACACACACACACACAUAAAUACACACACAUAGGAGACAAUUUAAUAUUCCUGGCCCUACACACACUGACAUGCUGUGACGUGUUGGCCUCUUGUUGUCUCACUCACUUGGCAGCUUUCUCUGCCAAAAGAACAGCUUCUAACAUAAACCUGCCACCCGCCCAAAACACACAAGCAGACAUAAAACACACACACUCACACACCUCACUACAUUGCUAGAACACCUUCAGUCCCAAAAUAGAGUUUGUCUGAAGAAAAGAGGAGGAAAAAGAGAAGGGGGCAUAAGCAGAGAUAAGCUAGAAAGAGGGAGCCCUUUUAGAAUUCAGAUCACUUUGGCAGAUACCAGUCCUCUCAUCAUGGCAUGCUGCUUCACGUCUAGAACAAAAACACACACUCACACACAACAGUGAUCAACUGAUUCCAGCUUUCUCUUUCUAAAGAAUCCAAAACUAGUUCUGUUUUUACUAUUGAAAGAAAUCACUUUCUUGUUUUAAAUAGACAAAUCUAUGCAAUUUAUUUACAGUGUGAAUUAUUUUUAACCCAGCUUAACAUUUUGGGCAUAACAAGAAUGAAACUAUUUCACAAUUAACCUCAAUCAUGGCAAUCAUGGCACGCAAUGUUCCUCUAAGCUGUAUAAGAUAAUAGUGGCCUUUCAAGUGCCACUUCCAAUCAUUUUCCAAUUACCCUUAAUAGAGUCAAUAACUGGCUUUAUUGGGGUGAUGACAGAGUUAGGACCACCUGUGCAGGAGGGAGGCCUGUCCCUGCAUGCUCUGCAGAUAUGACAAACACCUGACACCUCCUGACCUCUGGGUGGCUGGACGCUAGAUCUUAGAUGCAGCCACAGGGCGCAAAUUCUGUCAGCUCUCUCCUGGUCAAACCACCAGGAAUGCAUGCACACACUUAGACACACAAGCAAAAACUUGCAUUCUGCAGAUACCAUGGAACUUACUGACACUGAGCUGAACCAGAACAAUCCAUCUCUGUGAAGCAUCCCUCAUGUGCAUGUCAGAACAAACCCAUAAACAACACUGCCUUAGUACUGUUAGACAAGCCCCGUGUUGAGAAAGAAUGGGAUCAGGUAACCUGAGUCAAAGCCUCAGUUAAUGUCCUCAAUAUCCCAGCAUUCCACAUACAGAUUAAAGUUCAUAAUGCCACACCAUACUAACUUUAUGUUGCCACUUUAAAUGUGAAGUAAAUACUAAAACACAUGGACAAACCUCAGAUCAUUGUGGAAUCCCUCUUCAGCUGAUAACAUAAUGAGGAUGGGAUGCUUCAGGGUAAAAUUCCACACUUACAGUAGUGAAUGAGCUCCUUUACAGGAUGAAUAAAGCCGGCGGGUCAACCGUCUGAGGGAAUCUGAUGAUGGCAUUUUAAGGGAAAAUUGGGUUAGUCAGAGAUAAGAGGGUUUAGCUAAAUGAAGGGCCCAAUUCAUUUCCACUAAGUGAUGGCAUUCACUGCCGACAGCCCACAGAUGAGUCAAGGUCAGGCCUCUGCUGAUAACUGACUUGAUGGUUAACAGGGCAGACAGAGACAGGCAGGAUGCAGUCAGACAGCUGGGAAUCUUGUGAUGACACAUACCUGAACCAAAGCCCUAUCUGUUUUGCUGCCAUGAAACUUCCCCCAGGCAAAGUACAAACGGAGAAAGUAAAACCACAUGUACUGACCUCAGCCAGAAUUUAGAUGCAGGCUCAGGCUGCUCUGAGCUCUGCCAUCGGACUGACGAUGCCACAGCCUACCCAGCAUUCCCUAAUCCAUGUCCUACUGUUGUGGACCACCAUCCUUUCCAUUAUCCAGGCUGUGUUCAUCAUCCUCUUCUUCACAGCUGGACAUCAUGGCCUGUCUCAGAACAGUAGCGCUGUAGCACCAGAGCGCACAAUGCAAUUCCAUACACCUUCGUCCCCCUCUGAGCACGAGCUUCUCUUGGGCAAAGGCAAAAUGCUCACUUUUAAGGCUACUGAAGCCAACAGGACAAUUAAAUGGGUAGCAAAGAAUCCAAGUAAAGGCCUGGUCUCAGAAGAAGGAGAUGUUCUGACCAUUAAGAAGGAUGGCUAUUACUUCCUAAAUCUUCAGGUGACACUGAAUACACCACCUUCAGGUAAAGAAACAAAUGGAUUGAACCACACGGUCAGUCUGAAGUGGAACAACAAAGUUCUCCUCCAGGGCAGGAUUAACACACACAGCACCUGCCUCCUCAGCAAGGUACAGGAGCUGUCUGCUGGAGGCACCCUGGUGGUUGAUAUCAACCUGCCAACCACUGCAACUAUUGAUGAAACUGAGUCUCUUACUCACCUGGAUAUCAUCUAUAUGGUCAAGCCUUAGAUGCAGCUCUGGUACUAUACAUAUCUAUAUUUUAAAUCCUUGGCAUGUUCCAGGGCACCUGUCCAGCUCUGGGACCCCCUCUGCAGUAAACCUGCUCAGAUGCAAGGAUGGUAGAGUGCACUCUUGUUACCAAACAGACCUCUUUGCCUUUGGAUCACCAGAUCACUUAACUGGCCUUCUGCAGUCAGAGAGGUAACUGAGUCACAGAGAAUGGAUGAAAGGGCUGGAUUCAACAUUGAAGACAGUCUUUUACCCACAGGCUGGGCAAAAAUCUCAACCUGUUAUAUUCUGGUCUACAAAAAAAAAAAAAAAAUCCACCCUAAAACAGAAUUUACAUUCAUUCAGUUAUUUUGGCCAGUAAAGUAAAUAUACUGUAGAGCAGCUCAGCAUUGGUGUAAGGUUGACGUCAUCACUACAGAUCUGUUUCUCUGCUGUUGUUCUUAAGGGAAGACUUUUCAAACUCACACUUUAAAACUCAGUCGUAUAGUACUAUAGAAGUAACAUGAAUUAUUAGUCAGUGAAGAAGGUAAUCAGAGUGAAUCAAUCUUACUUGAUUGUUUGAAUUUUAUUUGUUAUUUGAGUUUCUUACAUUUAAAAUGUGUAGUAGUUAACUGCAAGAAUGUAUUAUUCUAAAGUGCCACAUCUAUUGGCAGAACUGUGUUAUUUGCACAGCUCCUAUUUGCUACUUGCUGAUUUAGUUCUUGAUACAUUUUUAACUGUAUGAAUUAUAUAUUUAUGAUGUAUUUAUUUAUUGUUUGGGCCUAAAAUAUAUACAGUAUACAGGUCUAUACUGUAUUUAUCAAAAUUCCAUGGGCAGGUCAGUGAAUAACCAAUGAAUGUAUGUCACUGUGUGACAAUGUAUGUCAUUGUGUGGUAUACAUACAGUGUAUUGUUAGUGAGUUACUGGAAUGUAGAGUAUUUUCUUUAUUAAUUAUUGCAAAAAUAUUUAGCUAAAAUCGACAACAUGGUUGGUAAGUGUUUAAGAAAAAAGUACAAAAAUAUAGAUAUGAUUUUUUUGUUUAGACAUGGUAUUAUGGAAUUCUUAUGUCUUUUCACAAUCUGUAAUAAUUUUAAGAAAUUGAAUUGUUAAUCAUGUAAAAACGAGAACCACAAUUACAUACAUUAAUAUUCUAUUUUCAUAAUCAAAAUUUUAAAUUAAAAGUGAAAUUACUUUACAGAACUAAGCUACAAAUCUCCUUCACUACUUGCAUCACACAUUAUGACACGUGAAAUCACGACUCAUGGUGGUUUAUGCGGAAAGUUUCAUGUGUUAAUAGAUGCUGAAAGAAAGAUUUGGUUUUGUCAAUGAUUUUCAGUUGUCUUUAAUGCAACGAGGAACUGCUUUCACCCCUGAUGAUGUGUGUACAUUAGUGUGAUCAUGCUUUCAAAAAAAGCAUUGCAUUUGUUCUGGGAACCUUUAAACAUGUGUCUUUACAUCUGACUGCAUCAACAUAACAGCUGCCGUGAAAAUAUUUUAACAAUGUUAUAAUUAAAAAAACAUAUUUUCUUCA